AUUAGAAAAAUCAACAUGGAGAACGGUUUUGGUCGACGAUCCGACAGUAGUUUGCAGCUGUUCUAAAUUGAUUGUUGUUUGGUCAAUAGCAAUAUAUUGCAACGUUUUUUUUAUAAACUCAUUAUUUUUAUAUUCGCUGUUAUAAAUUUUUUAACGUUACCUCGAACUGAAAUAUUGAUGGAAUCGUGAACAAAGGAGUAAAGUACAUUCAGUGUUCCGUAUAACCAUUUCGUGACGUAACUGGAUUUCUCUUGAAACGCUAGUAACUGUACUUAUUCUGUGAGCGAAGGUCGUCUUUACACGGAUGGUGUACAAAUUGGCAUAAUUGCGUAACGGUGCGCGGACAAAAUGUGGGAAGUUGACUCUGACACGGAGUCCCAAAGUGCUUCGUCGGACGGGCUUCGACGUCGACAAGGAUGGGACCCAGAGGCCGAGAGUUUAGCUUCUCAAAUCGACGAUCUCGACGAAGUACUCGCGGAAGAAGAAGAAGGAUGCCCAUUACCUUCGACCCCCGAGGAUCAACACCUGCUCGAUGCGGAGAUGGCUGAAGUGUUAAAGGCUGGCGUUCUAUCAGAUGAAAUCGAUCUAGGCGCAUUGGCUCAUAACGCAGCAGAACAGGCAGAGGAAUUUGUGCGUAAAGUGUGGGAAGCAUCAUGGAACGUGUGUCACUUUAGACAUCUGCCGCGUUGGCUUCAAGACAACGACUAUUUGCAUAAGGGACACAGGCCUCCACUUCCAUCUUUUAGUGCUUGCUUCGCCUCGAUUUUUCGCAUCCACACAGAAACUGGCAACAUUUGGACUCACUUACUUGGCUGCGUGGCCUUCAUUGGUGUGGCAAUUUAUUUCCUCACCCGCCCAUCUAUUGAAAUACAAAUGCAAGAAAAGAUGAUCUUCGGAGUGUUUUUCAUAGGAGCUAUUGUGUGCCUUGGAUUUUCAUUUGCAUACCACACAUUAUACUGUCAUUCAGAAAUGGUGGGUAAGCUAUUUUCGAAAUUGGAUUACUGUGGCAUAGCUCUCCUGAUAAUGGGUUCAUUUGUUCCUUGGCUCUAUUACAGUUUUUACUGCCAUUAUAGACCGAAAAUUAUAUACCUAUCUGUAGUAAUUGUCUUAGGAAUAUUAUCUAUAAUUGUCUCACUUUGGGAUAGAUUCUCAGAGCCUCGCCUCCGUCCUUUGAGAGCAGGAGUGUUCAUGGGUUUUGGUCUAUCUGGUGUUGUGCCCGCUAUCCAUUAUGGUAUAACAGAAGGUUGGUUCAGCCAAGUAAGUAAGGCUUCUCUUGGUUGGUUAGUAUUAAUGGGUCUGCUAUACAUUCUCGGUGCAAUGUUUUAUGCUCUUAGAGUACCAGAACGUUGGUUCCCUGGAAAGUGUGACAUUUGGUUCCAGUCGCACCAAAUAUUCCAUGUGCUGGUGAUUGUGGCAGCUUUUGUUCAUUAUCAUGGUAUUAGUGAGCUAGCAUCUUACCGUGUUACUGUCGGGGAGUGCUCAAUGCCUCCAUCCUCAAUCGCAUUCUAGACUCUUCCACAACCAAAUGUGAUAGUAGACCAUAGAUAAUUCUAAGUAGGGUACAACAUUUAAUAGUUUCAUUGUAUAUUUUUUUAACAACUACACCUAACACAUUUUUCUAUGUUUUUUUUAGUAAAACCCGGUAUGUUGAUUUAUUGCAUUGAGACUGUUAUUAGUGUUUGAGACUACUAAAAUUUAAAAAAUUAUUGUUUCCUGUUGAGGGUAUAAAAUUAGAAUGUUAGGCGUUAUUUAUAAUACAAUUUUCUUUAUUUAUUUUAGUUUCUUUAUAUUAUAUUUUAGCUAUAAUAUUAUUUGACUUUUAGUCUAGCAUUAAAGGUACGACUUUACAUUACCUGCCGUCGAGUUGAGGGGUGGGGAGAAGAGGGGGGGCUUCCAUAGGUACUACCCCCUUUAAAAGGAAAAGUUACCUUUUCGAGUUUUUUCAAUUUUUAACCGUAGGUAAAACGAAAUGUUAUAAUCUGUCAAAGUUACUACCAGAUUGACAUAAAUAUUGCAAAAAUAAUUGAUUUUCAAUAAUUUUUUCCUCAAAAACUAUGCGUCUCCGCAUGUUGAAACUUUGCGAGUGUGCUUAUAAUAAUGUAACCUUUCUGUAAAGAAAAAUAUCAGCCCCCAUCUCGACGGCAGGUAAUAUAAAGCUUAGCCGCAUAAAAAUCUGCACUAAAUAUAUAAAAUGUUUCACUUAGUUUCUUCAAAAAUCCAAUAUUUAUUUGCCUGGCAUUGUGUUUUUAGAAUGUACUUAAUUUUGCCACUAAGUCUUUGCUUUUGUGUAUCAUUUAACCAUCAUUUCAUUAUUAUCAUUGUCAUUGUUUUUCAUUGACUAUCAGCAAAUAUGCAAUGUAUGUUUAAAAUUAAUUCUUCAAGUGCAGGACUUAAUACAGUUGCUUGAAAUAUUUCUUGAUAUUUUUCAAUACAACAUUUACAAUAAUUCAUCAAGUAGAAUCUCAAAUUCCAAGUUACUUUGAUUUAAAAUAAUAACUAAUAUAUAAACAAAUUGUUGUUUAAAACAAUGUUUAAAAAUCACUCUUAAUCUUUAUUGUAAAUUAAUGUUGCAUUCCACUACAGUGAGUUACUAUUUGACCAAGAACUUAGACAAGAAUUGAAAAAAAGAAAUCAGUAUGUCUCAAUCUGGUUAAGUAGUAAGAUAUAAAAUACUUAAUAACUAUUUAUUUCAUAACAAAUUCAAACAAAAAUAUGUAUGUACGGUAGUUUGAAAAUAAGACAAAAAAAACAUUAAAAAAAUUAACUACCACAAUUAUGCGCUCUUGUAUUAGUUUUAAUAAAAGGUAUAUUCUAAAUUGUUGUAAGUGUUCAUAAAUAUAAAUAUUUUAUGAGAUUGAAAAUGGAAAAUAUUUGUAAAUAAAAAAAAAAAAAAAACUGAGCUCUUAAAUGAUAAGUUCAUUAUUAUUUUAGGUAAUCAAAAAAUACAAAUCUUAGUGAUAGGAAAUAAGUGUACACUGUAUUUGAAAUAAUGACACUUGCAUGAUAAAAUUUACUGUUUUAUAAACAGAACUUAAAUAUCACUUUGCUUGGGAGAUAUCAUCAUUGUAACAUUAUUCACAUGCAGUGAAUAGGCAAAAAAAAUAAUUAAGUAUACUGAGCUCGGGCUUUUGUAAUCUUGCACAUGUAAUUUUUAAAAAUGGGAUGGCCAAUAUAUAUAUUUUUCAUUUAUUUUAAAUUUCUGAUACAUUUUUUGCAUAUCAAAAGAUUUAGAAAAAAUAUAGAAAUGUAUUAUUCAGCAACACAAGUUUGGAUGACUGACGAUGAAAGACAAUAUUUUUCGUAGAAGUAUUUAAAAAAAAAAUUCAAUUGCUAAUAGAAAAAAGUAAUUUUGUUCUUGGAAUUUAUUUAAAAAAAACAAUUUGUUGUUAGAAUAAACUAUGAAUAAAAAUAUUUUUUAAGAAAUUA